AUGGCGAGAGACAUAUUGGGUCGUGCGCUGCAGAAUCUACAUGGAUUAUUACAGAUGCCGUACGGCUGUGGAGAACAAAACAUUGCUGUUCUUUCUCCCAAUAUUUACAUUUUACAGUAUCUGGAAAACACGGAGCAGCUCACCUCCGAAAUCAGAGAGAAAGCCAUUGGCUAUCUUAAAAAUGGGUAUCAGAGGCAACUGAACUAUGAGAACUCAGAAGAUGGGUCAUACACAACUUUUAGUCAUGGAGAAGGAAAUACAUGGCUCACAGCUUUUGUGCUGAGGACGUUUGGAAAAGCUCAGCGUUAUAUCUUUAUUGAACUAGAAAAAAUAGAGAGAUCGAAGCGAUGGCUGAUGCACCACCAACAAACAGACGGCUGUUAUAAGAGCAAGGGGAAACUCUUCAAUAACAGAAUGAAGGGGGGUGUAAGUGACAGCGUGACCAUUUCUGCCUAUAUAACUGCAUCACUGCUCGAACUGAACAUGUCAGUUACGGAUCCUGUUGUGAGUAAAGGCUUGCUGUGUCUGAAGAGAUAUGUUGGUGAUAUCAGCAACACAUACACCACUGCUUUGCUCGCUUACACAUUCAGUCUAGCAGGAGACAGCUUAACUCGGGAUCAUCUUUUGAAGAAGAUCAUGGACAUUGGCAUUUCAGAAGGGUCUCAACUGCACUGGACUCAGAUGGGAUCUAGUGAUGAUUCUGGUUCUCUGGCAGUGGAGAUCAGCUCAUAUGUUCUGUUAGCGGUUCUCACUACAGAUUCAGUCACUACAGCUGAUCUGGGAUAUGCUAACAGGAUUGUCAGCUGGCUCGUGAAGCAGCAGAACGCUUAUGGAGGAUUCUCCUCUACACAGGACACAGUUGUGGCUCUUCAGGCUUUGUCUCUGUACGCCACCAAAGUGUUCAGCUCUGAUGGUUCCAGCACAGUGACGGUUCAGUCAGCAGGAGACUCUCACAGCUUUGAUGUGAAUCUGGACAACAAGUUGCUGUAUCAGGAGAAGAAACUGAACAACGUUCCAGGCAAAUACAGUAUUGAAGUGAAGGGAUCAACCUGUGUGUCUGUGCAGAUUUCUCUUUUCUAUAAUAUCCUCUCACCCAUUGAAAGGAGCACAUUAAGCAUCUAUACUAAGACAGAGGGAGUGUGUGAUGACUCAAAUGGACAAAUUCUGGACAUCAGAUUUAGCAUAGUAUAUACCGGGUCUCAACCUACUACCAACAUGGUCAUUGUGGAUAUCAAACUUUUGUCUGGUUUCAUAGCAGAUCCUUAUUCUAUAGAUUCGCUGAAGAGUGCAGCACUUGUGAACCGUGUCGAAUCUAAAAACGAUCAUGUCAUCAUGUAUCUACAAGAGGUUCAACAGAACUUCCCUGUUCUCUACAGACUGCGUACUAAACAAAUACUUUCAGUAGAGAACCUCAAGCCAGCAGUAAUAAAAGUUUAUGAUUAUUACCAGACCAGUGACGGGUCUGAAAGGAAAUACUUCAAUCACUGUCUGAAGAACACAGGGCGCUGAAGAUCAAACAACAGAUGCUCAUUACACAAUUGAAUGUGUUUUUAUUCAUGUAG